UGGCCUUGAGGCGCGCGGCAGGGGAGGGGGCGGGACCCGCGGUUGCUACCGCGACCACUGCGCCGGAGCGCCGUCUCCGGGGCAACGCGCCCGGCCUCUUUGCCUCUCCGCCGCUAGGAGGUGCUGCGGCAGCGCGGGAAGGCGGCGUCGAGCCGCGCAAAGCAUCACGGGAUUGGCCCAUGCUGACGGAUGAGGGGGAACUAACAUUGGAUGGACAAGUCUGGAGCUGCAGGACCCUUUGUGGGCUCACAGGCCGAGACCCCUCGACCCCCACCCUAACCUUGCAAGAUGCGGGUGACCUUCUGCCAGGGCAUCCUGGCCGCCGCCAUCGCCAUUAACCUCCUGAUCCUGUACUACAUCUCCAGGCUGCAGCAGCAAGUCCUCCAGCGGCACAGGGACCACGCCCAGCCCAGCUACCCUCAGCACCUCGCACCCCUCCGCCCCGGCGUCACCCUCCUGAUCCGAGACUUUGAAGAUUUCGAGAACUACGUCUCCAGCGUGGUGAAGUCUUUCCUGAAACAGGACCCGGAGCUGCCCAUCCUGGUGGUAGCCGACAGCUUGCCCUACCCUCCCUUGCUUCUUCCCAAGGUGCCCAACGUCCAGCUGGUCAUCCUCAAACCUUCCCCGGCUCAGCCGGCCUUCCUAUCCAGGCCGGAGAGUUACGUGAGGACUGAGUAUGUGGCCUUGGUACCCGACGGGGUGAGAGUGGAAUCCGCGUCGCAGCUGGAGGAGCUGCUGGAGGAGCUCAAGAGCAGCCAAGGGAAAGUGGAGAUGGUGGCAGCUGCGGUCCACUCCCUGCUGCCUUUCCGCUGCCUGAACCUCAAGGUCAGCCUCAAGGAAUGGACCGCGGAGUACAGCGAGACACCCCCUGCCUCCAAGCUCUGCACCGCCUUGAAGGGGAAGGCCGUGGUGCUCCUUCGCACCAGGAGCCUCUUCAACCUCUCCAUGCCUCUGGCCAAACCUUUGCUGACCUCCCUCUUCAUCCAGACCUCUCUGCGAGGGUGGGCCAUCGGUCUCCUGGACCGCCCCUUCUCCUUGUUCCACCUGCCGCUGCUCACCUCCUCCCACAACCAGUGGAAAGCCGACAAUCUGGACAAGUCCAAUCAGCUGCAGCUCUUCCGCGACUUCGGCAUCAAGCAGGUGAUUCUGGAAGACGGCAAACAGCAGUGGUUUGGGUGCAGCAAGGAGACGCCACGUUGUUUCGGCACCAUCCAAGACGACACGCCGGAAUACCUCUACCACAACCGCUGGACUCCGCCGUGCUGCCUCAAGGCCCUGAGGGAAACCGCCAAAUACGUCAUCAACAUCUUGGAGAUCUCUGGGGUGCGCUACUGGCUGGAGGGGGGCACGCUCCUCGGGGCAGCCCGCCACCAGGACAUCAUCCCUUGGGAUUACGACGUGGACCUGGGAAUCUACCUGGAAGAUAUUCCCAACUGCGAGUUGCUCCGGAGCGCCGAGUCGGGUUCCAUCGUGGACGAGAAGGGCUUUGUGUGGGAAAAGGCCAUCGAGGGAGACUUCUACCGGGUGCAGUACAGCGAGCACAACCAUCUGCACGUGGACUUGUGGCCCUUCUACCCCAAGAAUGGGGUGAUGACCAAGGACACCUGGAUGGACCACCGGCAAGACGUGGAAUUUCCAGAGCAUUUUUUAAAGCCUUUGGUGCCCAUUGAGUUUGCCGGCUUCGUGGCUUUGGUGCCCAACAAUUACCGCAGCUUCCUGGAGCUCAAAUUUGGGGAAGGGGUGAUUGAAAACCCAGAAUACCCAAACCCGGCAUUGAAGAGCAUGAGAUAAGGGGACGCCCAGCUGCAGAGGGAGGAAUUGUGAGGUCGCCCCAAAACUAAAAUCUUCCCUUUGAUAUGAAUUGGGGGCCUGAGUCAUUGCCACAUAUAAAGGCUGUGUGUGUUUGUGUGUGUGGCCCAUUUAUGGCUGGUUCCCCAGCAUCUCUUCGGAACUCAGGGAGAUGUUUGCAACACUGAAAGGAGUCAGAGCGCUGUCCAGAGGGCUGUUUGUCCUGUCGUUUCCCCCCC